AUGGAGGACCCUAGCGGUACCUGGAGAAGUCCAGACCGACCCUCGUCCACGGAGGACUUCGAGUUCAUCCAAACCCCGGCAGCUCCGCCUCAGUCCAAGCCUUCCUUCGACUGCGGUGUCCCGACGACCCUGUACCCGGCUAUUAAGAAUGCCCCCGUCCCUGCCGACUCGCCUGGCAGCGACAGCUUUUCCAAUGGCUUGAUGGGCUUCCUGCUCAUUGUGGUCCCCUGGUACCUAGCCCGUCAGGUUGGUGGAGGGUUCUACACCACCAUCUUCUUUGCGAUCUUUACCACCAUCCCCGUCCUGAUGGCUUUCUGGAGCAUUUCCUCCUCUAUUUCUCCUCGCAAGACUGAGAAGGCCAAGUACUGCGGCCGUCCCGUUGAGCACUACCUCCAAUUCCACUCCGAGCACGACCGUGCUACCUACCGCGGCAAGAGCAAGAUUCCCAUGGAGGUCUUCUACGAGAAGUUCUUCAACGGCGAGGUUGACUUUAAGAUGGAUGCUCUGGAGGCUCUUGAGUACCGUCAUGAUUGGGCCAACUUCAAGUUCACAAUGGGUCUCUUCAAGCACUUCCUGUUCGGCUUCAUCCCUGAGAUGCUUCUGCACACUCGUUCCCAGGACGAGGAGCAGGUUCGCGAUCACUACGACCGCGGUGACGACUUCUACGCUUGGUUCCUUGGCCCUCGUAUGAUCUACACUUCUGGUAUCAUCGGUGAUAUCAACAAGGAGGAGUCCUUGGAGGAGCUCCAGGACAACAAGCUGGCCGUUGUCUGUGAGAAGAUCGGUGUUCAGCCCGGUGACAAGAUCCUUGACCUUGGCUGUGGCUGGGGUACUCUCGCCAAGUACGCCUCGGUUCACUAUGGUGCUCACGUUACUGGUAUCACUCUCGGCCGCAACCAGACCGCUUGGGGUAACAAGGGUCUCCGUCGCGCUGGUAUUGAAGACACUCAGAGCCGCAUUCUGUGUUCCGACUAUCGUGAUGCUCCCCGUGUUGAUGGCGGGUACCAAAAGAUCACCUGCCUCGAGAUGGCCGAGCACGUUGGUGUCCGCCACUUCAGCACUUUCUUGUCCCAGGUCUACGAUAUGCUCGACGACGACGGUGUCUUCUUCCUGCAGAUCGCUGGUCUCCGCAAGUCCUGGCAGUACGAGGAUCUCAUCUGGGGUCUGUUCAUGAACAAGUACAUCUUCCCUGGUGCCGAUGCCAGUACCCCUCUCGGAUUCGUCGUUGAUCGCCUCGAAGGUGCCGGCUUUGAGAUCAAGGGUGUCGACACCAUUGGUGUCCACUACUCCGCUACCCUCUGGCGCUGGUACCGAAACUGGAUGGGCAAUAAGGACAAGGUUGUGGCCAAGUACGGCAAGAGAUGGUUCCGCAUCUGGGAAUAUUUUCUCGCCGCUUCCACCAUCACCUCUCGCCAGGGUGGUGCCACCUGCUGGCAGCUUACCCUUGUCAAGAACAUCAACUCCACCCACCGUGUUGAUGGAAUCCAGACCCAGUUCGGUCUCACCGGUGCCCGCCAGGCCGCUAUCGACCGCGCCAACGGCACCAUCCCCAGUGCCCACGUCAUCAAGAAGGACCUGUAA